CUCAUCAUCCAUUCGCCAGUCCUCCGCAAACAGGGGUUUUGGCUGAAGGGUCAGGAUUGGGCUGUGGGUAAAUGCCACCCAAGGCGAUGGCUGUCCGGUCACGAGCCCUCCCAUGGGCAAUCAAGGAUGGGAACGACCAUAGCAGCCCAGAGCAGUCCUCACAAUCUUCUCCCAAAGUGGUUGGGAACUAUGACUUGAAGGAUGUUCCAAUCCAGUGGGACAAUGAUCCAUCCAUCCGGGAAAGGAUGCGUGAUGGUGAGAACCUUUGCUUGUCUUGGGACAGUGUCACAAACAAGUAUGUGUCCAAGUACGUUGACUCCACCACAGAAAAUCUGAAGGUCAACAUGCCGGUCUUGCGGCCGAUUGUUAGUCUCAUGAAGGGGAAUGAGCUUCAGUUGCCUUCGAUCUCCAGUCUCAUCGACGCGGUCGAUGAACUGUUCAAACUUGCGAAGUUGAAUCGAACUUCUGACCACCAUUAUCAGGAGGCAUGGGCCAUCAGAAGGAUGAUCAGCAAAUUGAAGAGGUUCACAUAUCGGACCACACCUCCCCAGGAUGAAGCCAUCAGCAUCCUCGUUGAAGCAAUGGGCUUUGACACCAAGGAUUGGCGGCCUACGACUUCAAGGCAUGAACCUGGUGAAAGCGAAGCUGAUGAUUCUCAGAACCCUUUGGAGGAUGUGUCGCGCACUUUACUUGAAGGGGAUGGUGCUACAGAAUUCAACCCGGAGUUUGAGCUGAAUCAAAUCAUGGACACUCUCCAACACGAGCUUCCUGAGAUGCCUCUCCCUCCACCAGCUGAGCCGCAACGCCUUGCGGACAAGAACAGGUGUGGUUCGCCUGCAGAGGCAACGCAGCCAGUGCCAACACCAUGCCGCGCUGAAGCGCCACUGCCAAAAGUUGAUCCUAUGGACGUACCAAUCUUCAAGUCCCAAAAGGCCCACGAGGACCUGGGGCCUCUGACUGUGGAGAUUCUGUCAGAUGAUGAAGGCUCAGAGCUGGCAAGCUCAACCAUACCGGACACUGCAACCAUGAAGAUAAUAAUGGAAGCGGUCUUGCAACUUCAAAAGUCGACUCCACCCAAAGAAAGCGCCAGCUCGAGUCCCAUCGAGCCUCCGAAAGAAGAAACGAAGGGUAUGAGCGCUCCACCACAUGAGGAAGAGAAAGCUAUCCACGUGUUGUCUGACUCCUUGCUCCCUUCAGCUACUGAUGUGGAAGGCACCCAGCUUCCAUGUUCCCCAAAUCAGCUCCUAAACACCGACGCUGCUUUGAAGACCCUCCAGCGAGUGGAUGAGCAUGACCGAGCGGUGGAAGAAGAGGUGAAACAAUUCGGCAUCGAAGCUGUUGAGAUCCCGGAGCACGAAGUGAUCACACGUCGAAAGCAGUUCCGCAUGAAGAAGGACCGGGCACAGGCCAAGCAGGCCAAAAAGGAAAAGAAAAAAGAAGGUGCAGCUGUGGUGGAGGCGAAGAAGGCAGCCAAGAAGGCUGCAAAGGCUGCAAAAGAAAGGUCAGAAGAUGAGAAGAAAGGUGGUCGAACUUCUUCUGCGAAACUUCAAGAGCGGACAUCCAAGAAGUCCAAGAAGGAGACAACGUCCAAGAAGAAGUGCAAAAAGACAACCCCCAAGCCAGCAGAAGAGCUACUUGAUGCAUCGGAACCUGUGGCAUCUGGCGAGGAUGAGCUUGACCCCAACUUCCCUACUCGCGAUUCUGAGGAGAGAUUCCCUGUGAAGAGCAAGAAGAUGAAGCGCCUCCACCACAUGAGCGCAAAGAGCAAGGGCCACCAUGCAGACAUUACCUUGGCUGAGGGUGGCACCAACUCCAAGAAGUUGAAGAAGUCCAAGUCAAAAACCCAGGACACUGGAGAGGAGGUGAAUUCGGAGCAAGUCAAGAAGGCAUCGAAAGCCAGCAAGGGGAAGGGUCGAGAAUCAGUGGAAAAAUCUCGGAAGGAAACUUCCAAUGAGAGUAAGAAAAGGAAAGCAUCGAAGUCCAAGGUCACCAAAACGACCAGAGCCUGCAAGGAGCAGCAGGGUGAGACCAAGAGUGAUGGCAAGAAGGCCAAGAGUACUGGCAAUGAGGCCAAGGGCAAGGUGAAGGGCAAGAAACAGGAAGCUCGUCGCCGCACCCCAAAGCCAAAGAAGGUGUACGAUGUGGAUGAGACUGCCAAAGACCUCGCCUUGGAGACCCUGAAGGAGUGCCAGAGCUCUGGGUGCUGUCACCCAUCCUUCAAGGCGCCUGACCAGAUCACUGGGGUAAGCUACAGCCCCUACUGGACCAGGAAGGCUUUGGGGGUGAAAGUUGACAGGCGCUUCCUCCAGAGCAAGAAAGCCAAAGGAUCUGGCCAAGCCCAAAUUGCUUACUUUGGAUCAGCCAGCCCUUGCACCUAUGCUAGUUGGACGGUUGCCGCUUUGUUUGCUGCAGAUCUCAAGACUGAGCUCCAGAAGGCCAAGCCUGAUGUCACCGGUGAGGAACUCAACAACAGGAAGCACGUGUUGAACGCCUCGCUGGAUGCCGCAGUGAAGGAGUGGAAGGAAAAUCUUGGACCAUCAGAGUCCUAGCCUGAAUCUUGAACUCUUGAUUUGCCAAAGGUAAAUUUAAUUUGCUUUGGCGCAAGUCAGUCUUCCAUGGUUGUUGACAUGGUCUGGUCAUCAAUUUCUGUUUGACCCAACAACUGUAAACUGCCAAUAUCCUGCAUGCAAACCC